GGGACUAUCAAGUGUAGUGAGUGUAAGUCUUUCCAUAGGAAAAAAAAAAGAUGAAGGGGGAAAGCUCAGCUACUCGAAGAUCGUCAAUAGAGGGGAACACAAAUCCUAUGGGAUCAAGUGGUGUUGUUCUACAGUGGAUGACUGAUAGGAGCACACGAACUCGUCCAUUGAAUCCAUUAAGUCAAGCUGAAACAAGGUCUUUUCCUUCCCAAGAAGGUAACCAAAGCUUGAGUUCAGCUUCUCUAUCAUUCUCUGCACAAGGUGAAGGGAGGCCAAGCAAACUUCCUAUUGUACACAGAGCAUGUCGUGAUGAACCAAAUGGAGGAAAAGAGUAACAAGAGAAAGGGAAGAUCACUAUGAGAUGGUUAAGAUAGUUUGGAGGCAACAUGACUGAAAUGAAUAGUAUUGUUCUUUAUCUUUCCAGCAACUUAGAUGAAACACAUAUGGCUUUUGGCUGGUUUGUCUUUCCAGCAACUUAGAUCAUUUUGAACUCGCUUUUGGGUGGUUUUUGUUCAAGCAACUUAGCUGAUUUUGAGCUGGUUUUUGGUGGGUUUUGUUCCAGCAACUUAGAUUAUUUUGAGCUGGCUCAAAAUCUGGUUUGUGUUCCAGCAACUUAGAUGAAAACAAAGAUGGCUUUUGGGUUUGUGUUACAGCAACUUGCAUCAUUUUCAGCUGGUUCAUGUAAACACCUUCCAUAUUUCCAGGC